UCGGCCACUCUACAGAGAGGGCCAGAAACAAAGGCCCUGAUGAAGGCCGUACCCCCAGUCUGGCAAAGCACUUUGACAGAGCUGAUCUGGAUAUGUCUUCAGCCACUGUCAGUUAACCAUUUCCUGAUCUGGAUAAAUGUUUUGCACCCCGCCAUCUUCCCUGCCCCGCACAAACAAAAACACAUUUCAAACAUGGGAGGGAUCUGAAUCAACUGAUACUGUUAAUAGGUAAAGUGUGGGAAUGAACGUGAAAAGCAAAGUGUGGUACAAUAACAUGUGUUUGCAUGGAAAAACAAUUACAAACACAGGUGCGUGAGCAGACAAACAAACAUAAAGUAGUGAAAAGGUCAAGGGUCUUUGGUGUCUGGAACAUCACUGUAACAGGAUUGUUCUGUUUAGGUUCACGCCUACUGUCCACCAGAGGAGGCUGGUGGGAGGAGCUAUAGGAGGACGGGCUCAUUGUAAUGGCUGGAAUGGAGUAAAUGGAACGGUACCAAACACAUCAAAAAUAUUGAAAACACAUGUUUGACUCAGUUCCAUUUAUUCUAUUCCAGCUAUUAAAAUGAGCCCAUCCUCUUAUGGCUCCUCCCACCACACUCCUCUGCUGUCCACACUGACAAUUAGCUAGAGUCCAAGUCCAGGUAUGAAAAUGUAAUGCUGAGAUUCAUGGCCAUGUGAUUAGCGGUAGGCCUAUGGUGAAAUAUCUGCCUUGCUGAACAGUAGUGGUGUUUUCAAAUGCUUUCUGUUGUGCACAUAUUGGCUUAUGUUAUUAUAAAGCCGAACAGGUUAUAAUUCAAGACAGACAAAUCACAGUAUGGAAGCAUGCAACACAACACCAAACACAUAAAGGCCCAAUACAGCAAUUUUUAUCUCAAUAUCAAAUCAUUCCUUGGUAACAAUUAAGUAUGUUACUGUGAUUGUUUUCAAUUAAUGCUGCAAUAUGUAACUUUUUGGGCAACCUGACCAAAUUCACAUAGAAAUGUGAGUUAUAGAUAUGUAAUUAUUAUUGAAAGCAAGUCUCAGAAGCGGUAGGUCUGUUCUAUAUGCACUCUUUCUAUGUUUCCCGUUUUUAAGUAUAGUUUUUGUGCGUCUUUUACUUUCGGUUUUGUACACUAGCUUCAAACUUCUGAAAAUACAAUAGUUUUGGUUAUUGAAAAUAUAUUUCACAGAGGUUUAGAUGGUACAAUGUGUCACGCCCUGGCCUAUAGAACUCUAGCUAGUUUGGUCAGGGUGUGAAUAUUCUAGGUUUGUAUUUCUAUGUUUGGCCGGGUGUGGUUCCCAAUCAGAGGCAGCUGUCGCUCGUUGUCUCUGAUUGGGGAUCAUACUUAGGCAGCCAGUUUUCCUGCCUGUGUUGUGGGAUCUUGUUGUGUUCCUGUUUAGGCUUGUGUGUUAGCCCUUUGGACCGUCACGGUUAAGUUUGUUAUUUUGGUUACUGUGUUGUGUGUUUAUUAGUUAAAUAAACAUGUACGCCUUUCACGCUGCACCUUGGUCCGACCCUUCUCUUAACGUACGUGACACAAUGACUCUACACCAGGGGUGUCAAACUCAUUCCAUGGGCCUAGUGUCUGCUGGUUUUCAUUUUUUAUUUUCAAUUAAGACCUAGACAACCAGGUAAGUGGAGUUCCUUACUAAUCAGUGACCUUAAUUCAUCAAUCAAAGACAAGGAAGGAGCAAAAACCCGCAGACGCUCGGCCCUCCGUGGAAUGAGUUUGACAUAUGUGCUCUACACCAAUGGAGGCUGCUGAGGGGAGGACGGCUCAUAAAAAUGUCUGGAAUGGAGUAUAAUGGAUGAAAUGGAGUGAAUGGUAUCAAACAUAUGAAAAUCACAUGUUUGAUACCAUUCCAUUUACGCCAUUCCAGUCAUUAUUAUGAGCCAUCCUCCUUUCAGCAGCCUCUACUGCUCUAAACUGAAAUAAGGCGAACUAUUCCAAUUUUAGCAAUCAGGAAAUGGCGAAGUGAUUUCUGGAUAUUGCACCUUUUAAAAUGGUCAAAAGGAAACAUAAAUAGCUUCUGAGCAAGAGCAAUUUCUCAAGCAAGAAUUUAGCUAGAACUCUCUGGGAGUGGUCUGAGUGGAGGGGAAAACUAGUUGUUAUUGGCAGAGAGGUUUGGGAUUCUCUUCCUUAUUGGUCUAUUAACUAAUUUACCGCCUGGUGAUGUCACCAGGCAGGCCAAAAGUCCAUCCCACCAAAACAGGCUGAGAUUUCAAGAGAUCUUUUCAAACCGUUCUUACACUCAAAGGUCAUUAUCAUAAUUUUUACAAUUUCACAGUAUUAUUCCAGCAUCACAGUGUAGAAAUAUACAGUUGAAGUCAGAAAAUUCCAGAAAAUGAUGUCAUGGCUUUAGAAGCUUCUGAUAGGCUAAUUUUCAUAAUUUCAGUCAAUCGGAGGUGCACCUGUGGAUGUAUUUCAAGGCCUAUCUUCAAACUCAGUGCCUCUUUGCUUGACAUCAUGGGAAAAUCAAACGAAAUCAGCCAAGACCUCAGAAUUUUUUUUUGUAAACCUCCACAAGUCUGGUUCAUCCUUGGGAGCAAUUUCCAAACGCCUGAAGGUACCACAUUCAUCUGUACAAACAAUAGUGCGCAAGUAUAAACACCAUGGGAGCACGCAGCCGUCAUACCGCUCAGGAAGGAGACACGUUCUGUCUCCUAGAGAUGAACGUACUUUGGUGCGAAAAGUGCAAAUCAAUCCCUGAACAACGGCAAAGGACCUUGUGAAGAUGCUGGAGGAAACAGGUACAAAAGUAUCUAUAUCCACAGUAAAACAAGUCCUAUAUCAACAUAACCUGAAAGGCCGCUCAGCAAGGAAGAAGCCACUGUUCCAAAACCGCCAUAAAAAAGCCAGACUACGGUUUGCAACUGCACAUGGGGACAAAGAUCGUACUUUUUGGAGAAAUGUCCUCUGGUCUGACUAAACAAAAAUAGAACUGUUUGGCCAUAAUGACCAUCGUUAUGUUUGGAGGAAAAAGGGGGGCGCUUGCAAGCCGAAGAACACCAUCCCAACCGUGAAGCACGGGGGUGGCAGCGUCAUGCUGUGGGGGUGCUUUGCUGCAGGAGGGACUGGUGCACUUCACAAAAUAGAUGGCAUCAUGAGGAAGGAAAAUUAUUUGGAUAUAUUGAAGCAACAUCUCAAGACAUCAGUCAGGAAGUUAAAGCUUCGUCGCAAAUGGGUCUUCCAAAUGGACAAUGACCCCAAGCAUACUUCCAAAGUUGUGGCAAAAUGGCUUAAGGACAACAAAGUCAAGGUAUUGGAGUGGCCAUCACAAAGCCCUGACCUCAAUCCUAUAGAAAAUGUGUGGGCAGAACUGAAAAAGCGUGUGCGAGCAAGGAGGCCUACAAACCUGACUCAGUUACACCAGGUCUGUCAGGAGGAAUGGGCCAAAAUUCACCCAACUUAUUGUGGGAAGCUUAUGGAAGGCUACCCGAAACAUUUGAGCCAAGUUAAACAAUUUAAAGGCAAUGCUACCAAAUACUAAUUGAGUGUAUGUAAACUUCUGACUGUGAUGAAAGAAAUAAAAGCUUAAAUAAAUAAAUCAUUCUCUCUACUAUUAUUCAGACAUUUCACAUUCUUAAAAUAAAGUGGUGAUCCUAACUGACCUAAGACGGGGAAUUUUUACUAGGAUUAAAUGUCAGGAAUUGUGAAAAACUGAGUUAAAAUGUAUUUGUCUAAGGUGUAUUUAAACUUCCAACUUCAACUGUAUAUAAAACACAGGAAAAUCAUGUUUAUGACUGCACUGGGCCUUUAAAAGAGAUAUCGCAGAACAUAAUAUGCAAUACGGUUAGAGUCCACAGGAGGCUGCUGAGGGGACAACUGCUCAUAAUAAUGGCUGGAAAGGAGCAAAUGGAAUGCCAUCAAUCACCUGGAAACCAUGUAUUUGAUACCAUUCCGCUCCAGUCAUUACUACGAGCCCGUUCUCCCCUAUUAAGGUGCCAUCAACCUCCUGUGGGUGAGACAAUAUUGCUUACACACAGAGGCAUCACUGAGAGAUCCCACAACAAUGGGAACCUUAAUCAAACUGUGAAGCCAUUAAAACACUAUUGGGUAGAUAAGUAAUCAAACAGAAUAUCUUGCUGAAUAGUUCAGUUUAAACCAUUACUAUGCAGCCAAUCCCUCGAGCAAAGCAAACUAGAAGAUCGUGGAAGAUCAUUAUCGCUCAGCUCUUUCAAGGAACAAUUGCGUAAUUUUCUCUAGUAAUAGACUUUUCAUCUGGGGCUUGACGCUAUGCCAGAGGAGUAUCCCAUCCAUGCUCACAAUAGGCUAGCUCUGUGAGGGAGUUUACACAAGCUGUACACUGACUGCUAUUCUCUACUCAUUUUUUAUACACUGAAACAUAAAAACAAUAAAUAAAGGCGUUCAGGGACUUCAUGCAUGGGUUACCGGAAUUGAAAUACCUCUUUGUGUUGACAUGGAGUAUCUGGGCAAAACCACACAUAGCACAUCUGACAAUCCACACCUGUGAAACAGCGACUGCAGAAUGGCCUCAGCAGAGGGACACAGUAUUUUGUUGAUGGCAAAAACACUUGUGAUAACGUUUUGAGAAUGAGAUCUGUUGAAAUGGAGGCCCCUGUGCCAACAAGAGGCCCUUCCCACUGUACUGUACAUGCAGUAAUACUAUGGAACUAAGCCAGCUGUAUUUGCCAUUUAUUGCAUGAAGUAUUUGUCCUGUCACUCCUGUGCUUUCAUCAUUGUGGGUGUUGCAGUAAAAACAUUCCCCCCUAACCUCUUCCCUUGUGUUUCCUUGUCUUUCAGAGUGUCAAUGCUCAUUCUAAGAUGAAGUUAUGGAAGUGUGCCGCCAUCGCCUUGACUCUCUGUGGUACAGCACUGUCCCUCUUCCUCACUAGAAUCAUGGUUCCCACACCACCGCAUCACUUCCCCUCCUGGGACUCGUCUUCGCCGCGGACAUCAGACUCCGCUUCCUCCUCCAACUCCUCUUCCUCCCUGAUCGGACAUCAUCGCAAAGUGCGGUCGACAGACGGCAUCAGCAACAUUUUGACAGAAUGUAAGCAAAACCGUCAUCUUCAGUCACCAACUAUUCUGGUCCAGAUGUUCUGAUUGGUUUAAAUGUUCUGAUUGACCCUUGCUAAAGCUCUGAUAUUUAAAUGGUCACUAAAGAAAACGUUGUGGUGGAGAGCAGUCAAGGGAAUGUACGCUUUUUCAUGUGCACUUUUUCAUGUGUUAAAAUUGGAUAAUUAUGAACCAGUCUUUGUCUGAGGGCCAUUAUUAGUUUACAUGUACAGAUAAAGCUAGCAUACCUUCACAGACAGAGCAUAGCAACCAUCUGCAGCUUACAGCCAGGCAGGGUAAUCAAAUCAAAUGAUGUGACAUCCGGGGAGCAGAUUACUCCAUUAAGGUUUGUAGCUUCAUCUCAUCAUACCAGGAGAAUUUGCACAAUGAGUGUGAUAAAACGCCUGUAACCUCCUGAUAUGGUUUUAGAGGCUAUGCAGUAUUCAUAAGAAAAGGUGUCAUAAAAGAUUCAGAGAUGUAAAAUGUCAGUGAUGGUCUCUGAGUUUGUCCAUUAGGAUGGGAAUAAGAACAUUUUCAGAGAGAGUCCCACUAAGUGGGUCAGUGGAGGCUAGAAAUGUGACAUCCCUCACCAUGUGGUUGAAGAGCCACCUGGCCUUGUGUUAAGACACUGUCCUUACACACUGUCCCUUUGGCUUUGGGCUGGGCAUUACUGUCGGUUCUUGUUAUCUCUCAUUCGCUGAUGGGCAUUCUAUUUUUAAACUACCACAAAGUUGGCCGUAAAACUGAGCGGAUUUCUCUAAAGUCAUUUUUACUAGACCGAAAAUGUCUAUACAGUGUCCUUUUGCUGGUCCGGACUCAGAGUGUGACUCUCAAACCAUUAUUCAGAUCAUCCAGUAGAGAUUUUCUAGGCCAAGUCAAGAGUAAGAUCAGCUAGCCUAAUCACGUAGCCUAAUCACCUAAUCUGUCAUGCUACUGCCAGGCCAUGGGGAGCUCUUCACACGAAACAAAUGACUGAAUCGCAAACCAUUUGGGAAGAAAUCACUUUGGGAAGGCCUUUUUCAGUUUAAUUUGUGAAUGCAAAGAACAGCAAAGUGUCGUUGCUUCAAGACCACCAUUGAUUACAGUGUCAGUCAGUGCGGCAGGCUAAAGCAGGGCUAUUACAUGUUGUUUUGAGUGUCUGAGCUUGUAGGGUUUAGUAUUUAACAAGCCCCCUGGUGUUUCAAAAGCCUUUUAAGUAAAGGUUGUGUCCUGGAGGGGAUAGAAUGAACUGUUAAUUACAGCUCUAUCUAACUUUAGAACAGUAUGGUGAGCCUAAGGGGCAUAGUAGAACAGAAUUGUCAGACAGAGGAGCAUAAUUUUUUAUGAUGUCUAAUUAUCUUGUGAAGUAAAUACCUGAAAACAUAAUUAAAGGGGCAACCUGCGAUUGCUACAUCAAUUUUUUGACUUUUAAAUUAAUGAUAUAUAACCAUUGAUUCUUGAAGAAUAUAACUUAUAAAUGCCUCAUGAGCUUAGUUCAACUGUCGUAUCCCAUCAGAACCCCAAAUAUAAGCAUAUUUUACUCCAUCGUUUGUAAAUAAUGUAGUUCUAAACAAACACUGUAUAGCCUCAAAACAUGGCUAAAUCUAAUCUUGAUCUCAUGGAUGGUAAAGUCCUUGCCUCCAUAGCUCUGUCUAUGAAUUUGAGAGUGGUUACAGUUCUCCUGCCCCAUCCCUCAGCUUAAACUGCAGAUGCUCCUUUAAUUGAUAUGCAUAUGCAUAUGCUUCUGUUUGUAUAAACCUUGAGUAUGACCAUGUGUAUGGAAUCACUCUCAAUUAAUAAAAAGGUGUUGUUUGUCUGUACCCUUGAUGCUGUCAACACACAACAAUUAUGUGAUCUCUACAGGCCCAUUGAACACAAAAGUAAAUCAAUUCCCAGGGAUUUGUUAUUGGACAUGCCCAUAUAUAUUUACAGGUUCUAUGAAGUUUUACCUCAUGUUUUGGCAGAAUGGUUUUGGUAUUUGGUAAUCGCUAUGGCAUGAGGUUCUGGAUCAGGUGUCCAAAUGCAUUGGACAUGGGGAAGAAGUUAAUUGACUCCUAAUGUGUAAAUGUGCUGAUGUUUAACGUGUUGAACUAUAUUUGCCAAGUUGCUCUACCUUGUUUACACAAAGACUCAGCCACAGGUGUACCCGACAAAUUGCCAUGGUCUGAAAGGGGAUAUUCUAUUUCUAUAGACUCAGCAGAAAAUAUUGUCUACUUUCUCUGUCAAGUACAUAGCUAGCAGCUGGACUGGCGAUAAACCCAAGCCCAAUAUUUGCACAACUGACUGUUAACAUUGGAAAAGGCUCAUGUCACUGCCAAUGUAGGUGUGCAUGUACAGUAUGAGAGAUACUUUGUCAACUAUGAAAAAGUCCUUAGACUAUCAGUUUUUGAAACAUCACUUAGAAAAAAAUCUGUUAGUUUAGACACACCGGUCGUUGAUGAUAGCCUGAUUCUAGAGAACUUAUUGUUCACCAAGCCAAUGAUCCAUGCAGGUCAAAAGGAUUCAAAUGUUUCAAUUGUUUGCAGUGAAUCUCUACAAACUGGAUCAAGGAAAGUCUAAAGCUAGCGUUACACUGUAUGUCCCAGUACAUUUCACAGGUAUAGGUGAUGUAGCUGUUUUUAAAGGCUGUUAGCUUAUCACAUUUCUAGCAUUUGAAAACUUGUACCAGCAACUGUAUGGAUCUUUUAUCUUUUUAUUUUCCAAACUGACAUAAUGAUUGAGACUGGGAUUUCACAGACAUUCAAAGCUCUUCAUUGUAUCACAGUCCAUGCUUUAGCUACAACAGAUGUAUUGUAUGGUUCUCAUCGUUGUAUCUUCCUUUGGCCUAACACCUCUUCAUCUCUUCUCUGCAGUCAUGUACAUGUUCCAGGGUUUUACAGAGGGGGAGCUGAAGCAGGUGAUCGGGACUCUGGUGGAGAAGAAGGCACAGCAGGAGGCCAGGCAGAGCAAAAGGACUAAACGGGCUAAGAAAGCAUCAAAGCCAUGUUCCCUGCGGGAGGUGGAAGUGACUGUCAGUGAGCUGGGUCUGGGCUACCACAGCGACGAAACGCUGCUCUUCAGGUACUGCAGCGGGAACUGUAAUGCUAGCCGACGAAACUACGAUGUCAUACUGAAGAAAUGGACAAGGAAAGGCAUCUCAAAGAGGGAGAGGAGCCCCUGUUGCCGGCCCAAGGAGUACGAUGACAUUUCCUUCUUGGACAACAGUAACAGAUACAAGACGCUCAAUGAGUUUUCUGCUCUGACGUGCGGUUGUGUAUAACGCCUCGAUGGCGGCCAUUUUGACUUCCCAGAUACUGUAUUGAACAUGGGAAAUGCAACAACUACUGCUACAAAAACAAACAAAAACAGGAGUGCACAAGAAUUGAUCCCUACGGUAUUAUGCCAGGGAAUACAGACAUUUGAAUCUACCAUCUAUUCUACCAUCUGUUAAUUUUGUGUUCGUUUUCAAAAGACAACAGCAAACGUUUGUUUUGCUUUCUUUGCCUUUCAUGGGAUAUUUCUCUGUUGGUU